UGCAGCCGUGUUGGCUGCAAACUUUGUCCUCUGCUGGAAACGUCUUCAGAGGAGGAACAUCUGACGCUGCGGCGCUCUCCGCAGCAGUGAAACAAGAUAACAACGCACCAGCCAUGCAGCUUAAUCUCUCAAUCACCGCCACGCUAGCAAUCGUCGCAUUAGUGACGCUCUGCGAGGGAGAAGAUAUGCUGGUGACCGUUCAGCAGGGAACACUACGCGGAACCACAGCCACGAGCGUCUACAACACCUCUUACACGGCCUUUUUGGGUAUCCCGUAUGCCGUGCCGCCAACCGGAAAGUUGCGUUUCCAGGCUCCGCAGCCGGCAGGAAACUGGGAAGGAGUACGCAAUGCCAGUCAAUACGGCAGCGACUGCGUCCAACAGGACGGCAGCGGUUCCGAGGACUGCCUCUACCUGAACGUCUUCGUGCCUGGCGUUCCACAAGAGGGCACCAACCUACCUGUGAUGUUCUGGAUGUACGGUGGUGGAUUCAGAGGCGGCAGUGCUUCUGAUAAGGAAUUCGGCGCAGACUUUCUCGUCUCCUAUGGCGUCAUACUCAUCACUGUCAAUUAUCGCGUGGGGCAGUUUGGUUUUCUGAGCACGGGAGACGCUGUCGCCCCUGGUAACGCGGGCCUCAAGGACCAGAGGCUGGCACUGACCUGGGUACAGAGAAACAUCGCGCGCUUUGGCGGCGACCCGCAGCAAAUCACAAUAUUCGGACAGAGCGCCGGUGCACUGUCUACCUGCUAUCACUUCAUCUCGCCACAGUCCUCAGGUCUGUUCUCAAGAGCUAUUAUUCAGAGUAGUAACUUCGUCGUCGCAAACCCGCUGUCAACAGCAAAUGCCCGGACUCAUUCUUUCAAACUAGGAGCCACCCUCGGCUACGAAACCGACGAUUCACAACAGCUGCUCGACUUUCUGCAAUCUGUGAACGUAACAGACCUUCUGGUAAACGACUCUCUUAUCCAGACAGAAGUGGAAAAGAAGCAAAUUAUACACCAUCCGUGGGAACCAAAUAUCGAGCCAGAUGUGGAGGAUGCUGUAGUUACUGAGUCCCCCAAUCAGAUGCUCAUAGACGGCCGUUUCAACAACGUGCCAAUCAUGAUGGGCACUGCUUCUGCCGAAACUGGAUACAUUCUUCUUGGGAGACCGGAACUCAUAGCCGGUUUGAACAAAGACUUCGCGGCUGUGAUAGGUCCCAGCUUACACCUGCCUACCGUGGAACAGCAGACAGAGGCCGCAUGGAAGGUGAAAGACUUCUACUUCGACAACAACACAAUUUCUGCCGACGAUUCAGACACUCUGAUCCCUUUUUUCGAAGACUUCGCAUGGUCUGAUCCCAACGACGCUAUGAUAAAGAAAGUCGUCGAGGUCUCUAACUUGACACUUUAUUUCUAUAUAUUCGACUACAGAGGAGACAUCGUUCUCACAAAUCCAUGGGGAGUUUCACAUGGAGGAGAGUUGCCUAUGUUGUUCUUGAGAAAAGAUACAGAGUAUAACUUGGAUCCUGAAUCAGAAGAAGACAAAGUGCGCAGAAACAUGCUGCGUCUUUGGACGAACUUCGCAAAGUAUGGCAACCCUACUCCUGAGGCGGAUCCCGUGGUGUGGCAGCCGUACGACCUUGCCAGCCACAGGUACCUACUGAUGCAGGCCAACCUCUCGAUCGCACACGACCCAUAUGGCGAGCGCAUGGCAUUCUGGAGAGAGAACGUGCCACUCAUGCCAUUUCCUGACACAAUAUGAUAUGCCACAAGAGACAUUCACUGAUUGCAGAGGAGAGGAAAAACAGCACAUUACAGAUUAGUAAUGACUAAAAGGAAAGGAAUUCACUAAGAAUUUGAACCAAACAUCUUUAAUGCAUAAUUACUGAGGCACUUCGAAAUAUCUCCCUUAAUGUGGGGUUUAGACGUUGUUGAAUAUAAUACUGAUACUUCAACUUCACAAAUGUUACAGAUAUUCACCGGUUGCAGAGAAGAGGAGAAACAGCACCUUGUUACUGAAUACUGAAUGCCAGUAAAGGAUUUAAUCAAAAACUCGACACAAAUGUCAUUAAAGUAUAAGUAACAAGUCACUGCGAAAUGUCAGUUUCAUCUUCCCUGAACAUAAUCCUGAUACUUAAAUGUGACAAAUGUUAAGAAAUUUCGGAAAACGGCUCAAGUGCAACUUGUGGUACUGUCCAUUAUAGCUCACUUAGUUUUCAGUUUUCUCUUCUCAGUAAGAUGGAAUUAUUAAUUUCAUGUACGUUUAUUUUAUUUAC